GUGGUGUGCCACCAUCUGAUUGCUGUUGCACCAGCAUCCAGUGUCCAAGUGCGCACGUCGGCAACUACGCGCGAUCCGACCGCAAGCACCACCAUGGACAGAUCCACGGUCGUGCGAGACUACCACUACACGGAUGCAAUCUCGCCAUACACAGACUUCGACAGACUCGACGACCUUCACCUUGACCAUGACCUGUCGCCACUCAGUUUCGACGACUCCAUGCAUCAUAUCGUUCAAGUGGAAACAGCCAGGACGCUGACGGGUCGACGGGUCCCGACAACACCGACAACAGCUAGGCGGCAAGCGAUAUACGCUUCAAACAACGGCGAAACGAGGUGGUUUCCAAGGCGCCUCUUCCCGAAGUUCUCCAUAUGGGACACGAACGUUCUGUGGUCUGCCCUGGCAGCCCUUGCAAUCGCCACCACGUCCAUGGUUACCGCCGGAUUUAUCCUCCGCCGUCCAUCUGAAUCGUCCUUGGGCAUUCAUAUCGCCUGCUAUGCGCCAGGGAACGAUGAAGCUGCUGUGUUUCUCGGCGAUUUUAGACAAUCCCAUGCCAUCGUGGGCGCAAUGGUUCAGCUGGGCACGUACGCUGUGCUUGGUGUCGUGUCAGUGUACGUCGGCAUUCAGUGCAGCUUUAGCAAGCAAAAGGUUCUGGCCAACCCAAACAAUUCCAACCUGACGUCGAGCUUUGUGCUGCCGUGUUAUGGCACGAUUUGGUACACCAUGGCCGCGCUCUCCAUCGCCGAAAUUGCCGUCAUCGCGUCCAGCCAUGUUCGAUACGUCCAAGACAGCCGUGGCCCCUAUUGCAUUCUCCUCAACUUCCCCCGCAUGUGGAUACGGCACCUGGUUCCGCUGCUCAUGCUUCAAAAGUCCGUGUCCCAACGAGCCGUCCAUCGCGCGAUUUUCCUUUCAGGCUUAUUGACAGCGGCCGUGCUCAGCAUCUUGACUGCACCGCAGAGCCUCUCCACAGUGUUCAUUGCAUACCCGUUUGGGUUGGUCUUGUUCUGUUCGUUCGUCAAAUUUGUUUUGCACACGCGCGCGUCGUUUGACGUGUACUGGUACUUUUUGCUCGUGUUGUGUACCGUCCACAUCUUGCCAUCCAUGUUGUGGCUUGCUGUGACCGACGCAUCGACACCUGCCGCCGUCGUGCUGCUGUCGAUCUCGGCAGACAUCCUCGACGGAUGGACCCUCGCUGCGAUUAUGCUGACACUACGGGUCGAUACAAUGUACUGGCUUGGCCUCGACACGCCAUCCGCCAAGAGCCACGACCCUGCCAAACUCUACCUUCGUUUGAUUGCGGAUCAAGGAAUGGGAUCGUCGUUUUCCACGCGGACUUCGGUCUACGACGUCCACUACUUGAUCGAGAUGUUCAAACACUGCAUGGUGGACGUGUCGUCGCUGGCGCUGGAAGCGGUGGUAGCGCAGGGAUCAACGUCGGUAGUGCUGCGGGGUCGCCUCCAACACGCCCUCCGCGAACCCGAGGCGGUAGCCAUCAAGUUGUACACGACGUGGUUUGUCACGGACGACGAAGUCUGUCUUUUUUCCAAGGAGGCGGCGUGCAAUGCGCAGCUAUCGCACCCCAACAUUGUUCGUUUCUAUGGGUUGUGCGUGGUGCCCCCCAGCAUCUGCCUCGUGUUUGAGUUUUGCGACUUGGGGUCGCUCGAGUCGAUUUUACAGGCCCAACGUCGGACUGGAGACGCGUGGGACCUCCGCACAAAGCUAAAGGCGUGCUUGGAUGCCUGCAGAGCAGUAGCCUACCUCCACAGUUUCCACCCUCCUCUUUUGCACCGCGACAUCAAGACUGCCAACUAUCUCUUGUCGUCAUCGGAUAAUUUGCUCAAGCUCAGCGACUUUGGCGAGUCGAAUCUGCUGGGACCGAAAAACGACGGCACGAUGACAGUUGUCGGCACCGUUGACUUUAUGGUUUGGAUCUACUAUCGUCGUCACCUUCUGCGAGUGCGCUGCGAUGGACUUGCUGUGUAGGCACCGGAAAUGAUCAAUGGGAGCAAUACCAAGAGUGCCGUGUAUGGCCCUGCUGCGGACGUGUACAGCCUCACGAUGACCUUAUGGCAUAUAUUGGUGCCGGGAGAAGCCCCGUGGCACGGCCAUUCCCACUUUGAUGUGUACACUGAAAUCAUUCAAGGCCAUCGCCCCCGCCUUCCGUCCGAUCUGCCCCCCGGCUGUGUCGACUUGUUGGAGCGUGGAUGGAGCCCCCAGCCGCAUGACCGAGAGCCUAUACACGCCAUGGUCCAGCGCGUGCUCGAUUUAUACGCGCCGUUCACCCAGUGAGACGAAGCGACUCCACAAAAGCUGAGCGAACAACGUCCACGCGGCGAGGCCAGGUCCUGGUCUCGUCCGCAGUGCCCAGACCUCCACCGUCCACUAUCUCGGAGGCCAAGGCUACGUAGCGUUAGUUGGCAGUGAUGCAGUCCCGCCCCCAACUUUAUUUAUUCCCAUCAACACUGCUACAGUCCCAUCGUGUCCAAGGCGAAGUGUUCAAGUAACGUCUAGUACACUACUAGUAGUAUG